GACGUCAUCAAUGAGCGACGGCAGGGUUAGUUUGGAUUGUUCCAAUCGUGGCCAGAAGAGGCUCAGUUUAUUUCCUAGACAAAGGAGGCCGUGCUGUUAAGCUUUCAGUCGACCCAUCGCUGAGGAAUACUCUCAACCUGCUGUGUUCUAAUCUGCAGUCAUGCUGUUAACCUUUUAAGAAUGACUAUUUUUCUACACAACAGAGGAAGCUUGACAAGAAAUAUCCAGGAGGUCUGAAGUGUGAACAAGACUUUAAGGAGGAGCAGAGUGUGUUCUACCAAAGUGUCAAACUUGGAAGACCAGAAGGGCAGAAAAGACAAGAGUGAGCAGAGGGGGUGUUGGGGAUGGGGUUGAAGAGCCACAGGAGGACGUCAUGGUUCACAGCGGCUCUCCUUCCCCAAUGAAAACAACACAGUCAGCAUCAGGCCGUUUGAGUUUUUCGACUGUAGUAUCAAAUCAGGGCCGCACCCAGACUGCCACCAAACGCCUCACUGCAGCGCUUAAAGGGACCUCAGAUCAUACCCGGCAGUCUACUCCUGCUAAUGCCAAACCCUCGGUGCUAACCAGAGUAAAAGCUCUAAAGACUAAGUCGAGCCCAGCAUCGCACCGGUCUUCCACUCACACACCACCAAGUGCUCAGGGUACAGUUAAUGGCCGGACCUCGGGCAGGAAGAGAACCCCCAAAGCUUGUGAUUGCUGUGGCCCCCAUGGUAGAGGACACAAUGUCGGAAUACCAAGCAGAAGUAGGGGCAGGGGGAAGCCCAGAGGGCGAGGUAGUGGGGUUAGUAGAGACUCGGGGCAUCCAACGAAAAGGAAAAUGGGAAGUCGGCUGACCCGUGUCGAGAGAUUGGAUUUAAGCAAUGAGAGUGAAGAAGAAGAAGUAGAUGAUGAAGAUUUUAGUGAUAAGAAGGCGCAAACAAUUGCAGUAGCCAACACAGUAGGUUCAAAGUUGCAAAAGCCACCUGACGUGCCGGUCACAGUCUCUGCGCGGGAUGGACGAGUGCAGAACUGUGCUCCAAAGAAUGUUAGAGCACAAAAGAAGGCAGGAGGGAGUGUUGGGCUGAGAACUAGGGGUAGAGGGACACCAUCGGAAAGAGGCCGGGUGAGAGGAGGAAGAGGAGCAAAAAUGGGAGUGAAAACUAAAAUAAAAAGUGCAGGCAGAGUUCUUGUCAGUGAUUCUGGAGCCUGUGUCCCAGCUGGUUCAGUUGUGGUACAGAGCAAGGAAAACCCAUUAGAGGCUGAAAUUGAGCCCAUGGAGAACACUGAGUGCGGCUCAGCUGAAGUUUCAGUUGGCAAUGGAGGCACAGCAAACCCUCCUGGAGCCACAACUAAGGAGGGAGCUGUGAAGGACAUGACCACAACUGAAACCAGAACUGGACUACUGUCUGUGUCUGUGCUGUCGUGUUCCUCCGCAGGAUCUUCAAUUCCCCAAGACAUUGACUUGGAGGUGGAUCAGGUUUGUCAUAGUCCAGACACUUUGUCCCAGCCAGUAACUCUGUCCAACGGUAACAUCCUCAACCAAACAAAUCAUGACCACAGCGCCACGCCUGCGGCAGAGAAAGCACUCCAUCCAUCUGUGGUCACACCGCCCUGUCCCAUAUCGUUGUGCGCUGUGCAGCACCGCUGGGCUUUAAGAGACCACAGGCUCUACUGUUGGCCCGGAACCUGGGAGGUGGCGAAGGUAGAAGAAAAGGUGUCUGGUAAAGACCAAGGAGAAGCGGACAGGCGGGAGCUGGCUGGACAGAUGCAAGUUGAAGACAGACUGGAGGAGUUGACUGAAAUGAUCCACGAGUUCCUGGAGAGCUUCUACAUAAAAUAUGGCAGUUUCAUUCCUCUCAGUGAGACGGAUGUCCUGGAAUAUUUGAAGAAUAAAUGCAGCUGUGACGUGAAGGACAGUGAGCUGAACAUCUCGGCUGAGGUGCGUCGGUACAGGGCGGGGUUGGCUUCUGCUCCCGUUGCAGGCUUUGGAGUGAUGUACAACAAACACACCCUGAGCCUGGAGGACCUCAGUACCCUGGAAGAGCAGAACUGGCUCAAUGAUCAGAUUAUCAACAUGUAUGGAGAGCUGAUUAUGGAAGCCACACAACAGAAGGUUCAUUUUUUCAACAGCUUUUUCCACAAACAGUUGGUUGCCAAGGGCUACGAAGGUGUGAAGAGGUGGACUAAGAAAAUUGACCUGUUUUCCAAGUGGCUGUUGCUAAUUCCCAUCCAUUUAGAGAUCCACUGGUCGCUUGUUACCGUCACCAUGGCAACCAAAACCAUCAAUUACUAUGACAGCCAAGGCAUUGUCUUCAGACAUACCACGCAAAAUAUUCUGAAGUACCUUCAGUCUGAAGCCAAAGAGAAGAAGCAGACAGGCUUCCAGAAGGGCUGGAAGGUUGCCGUUAUCAAGGGGAUUCCUCAGCAGAAAAAUGACAGCGACUGUGGAGUUUUUGUCCUCGAGUACUGCCGCCGCCUCUCAUUGAAGCAGCCGCUGCUGUUCAGUCAGGAGGACAUGCCUCACAUCCGCAAGAGAAUCUACAAGGAGCUGUGCGACUGUCACUUGAACAACUGACCGCUAGCUGGGAUUCCCCAGUGUGAUUCUUGGUUUCGCCACACGGGCUGCGCGUUAACCGGCAGUCUGUUUCACCGCCAACUGUUACAAAUGCUAACACAACCUGGUCGUAUCCCACAGGCUCUCAGCUGCCUCUGUGAUUGACACCUCAGGGGCUGGUCACUUUUUUUUUUCUUUUUCUUUUUUUUUUUGCCCCUCUCGCUAACCAGUUCCAAUCACAGACUGUGGUUGUUCAGAAUUGUACCUUUUAAGUACUUGCAGUUUGCAGAGAACUACUGACAUGGCUCCCCCUACUGACCCCCUCAAAAUCCCAGAUUGUUUUAGGUUGCUUUCUGCAUUUGGCGCCCUCUGUGGAUGAACUGGCACUGUGCAGGUCUACAUUGGAGAGCUGACACUUCCACCCAUGGAGGAUACUGAAUAAAUGCGAGUCCAGUUUGUUUGAGAGCAACCAAAACGAGUGACUUUGGUCUGUUCCGGAACUUGCAGUCAGUUCCUGAGAAUACAGGUUCUGGACCAGCUGGCAUCAGAGGGAUGAACAUUACCUUGCAGUUGGAGUAGCCUUACUUCCCGAAUGGUCAUUUUAAACAUUUUUUUUUUAAAGUUGGUUAUUUUUAUGCUGGAUUUCCAGCAGGAUCAUACUUUCGGGUUUGUGCGUUUUCUUACAAGUCAAUGAAGCUACUACGGCCAAUUCAAUGGACCAACUGUUCACUUAAAACUUGAAGGUCUGAGUUGGCUUUGUUCUAUUGGACUACAGGUUUUUUGCACGGUUAGAGGCCCAUCCAGCCAGAACCUAGAAUAUGAAUCCCAUGUACUGAUCACAUAUUCUUCCUGGCUGCCUCACACGGGAGAAAUGGCGCUGCAAAAACCUAACGGCACAUUUGAGUUAUAGCUAUGAACAGGGAUGUCAUUUUGCAAGGUCGUUUUUUGUUCAGUUUCAGGUAUUUUUUUGUAUUUUUUAUUUUUUUUGACAUUUUGCUCAGUUUUCCCGCCUCUUCACGUUGUGUUGUUUUUGUUUUGCUGUGAUCAUGUUCUAACGAGAGGCUUUGCACGGGUGGUUUUCCCCAGCUGAAGCUUUUUUCCUAGAAAUGACAUUUGGAUCUUUAAAUCUAGGUAAAAGCGGCUUCCUGUGCUGGCUAAUAAAUUUGAUGUUGAACUCUAGAAAUAGCUGCUGAUUUGAGGACCACGUUUUUUGUUUUUUAGCAAAGUAGUUUUUUUCACAUCAACUUUAUAUUGUUGAAGCUACUGCUUCAUUUGGAUGCAUUUACACCGGUAUAUGUUAUAGAGUUGCCUCCUAAACAAAGACAAGAGGACCUCAAAGUUUUAGGUUGUCUUCUGUCCAGUUUAGAUUUUGUCAUUUACAAAUACAUUUACUUAUAUAUACAUAUAUAUAUAUAUAUUUAGAAACUGUAUUGUACUUUUAUUGGCCUCUAAUUGUACAUACUUACUUUGGCUAAAGACCACAAUUGUUUCUGAACUGUUUGUAUUGUUAUUAAUUAAACGUCCAAUAUUGUUGGAAA